AUGCUACAGACAACUUCGAUGAAGCAAACAAACUUGGAGAGGGGGUUUUUAUCGGAGUUUGGGAUGGUAGCCAUCAAAAGGCUUUCUAAGCGAUCGUCUCAAGGUCUGGAGGAGUUCAUGAAUGAGUUGAAGCUAAUUGCAAAACUACAGCAUACGAAUCUUAUGGAAGUGGUGGAAAUGAACAUUCAGCUCACAAAAACAAAGCUCGGCGAUGAUGGGAAUUUGCAGCUUUUGAACGGCCGCAAAAAUAUCAUAUGGUCCACAAAUAUCUCCGGCUCCGAACUAGCCGGAAACCCAGUGGAGGCUUAUCUGCAGAACAACGGAAAUCUCAUUCUGAAACAGGGUGAUAGCCCAAUUUGGGAGAGCUUUGACGACGCCGGCGGCGACACAUUAAUGCCGGGGAUGAAGCUCAAGCCAGGGAAAUUCUCCUGGGGAAUGGAUCCAAAAGGGUCUCCACAAUUUUUCAUUUGGAAAGAAAACAACCCUUAUUACAGAAGCAAUUUAUACCAAGAUGGGUUUACUAAAUCUAUGUACUUUUCAAGAUCAGGCCAAACGACAGCCUACUCUUUUGUUGCAGAAAAUGAUGAAGUUUAUUUCCGCUACGUCUGCGAUAAUCCCUUAAUUCAAAUGAGGUUUGUCUUGACCCCAGAUGGGUAUAUUGAGCCAAUGUUGAGGAAGACUAAAAGUGACCAAUGGCAGAUUCCAUGGAAGGUGCCAAGGAAUCCCUGUGAGCUCUACGCGCGCUGUGGUUCAUUCGGAAGCUGUGAGAAAAUUGGGCUUCCAUCACAGUCCAUUUGCAGGUGUUUGGAAGGGUUUAAGCCGAAAUCCCAGAGAGAAUGGGACAAUGGAAAUUACAGUGCAGGGUGUGAGAGGAAGAGGGAGGUUAGGUGUCAUAGUAAGGAUGAUAAGUUCAAAAAGUUGGAGAAGAUGAAAUGGCCUGAUUUCUCAGUUUCUUUGGGGAAUGUGCAGGGUGUGAGAGGAAGAUGGAGUUUCUUUGGGCUAUCACCCUGUUUCAGAAUGAGAUUUUCGUUGUUUUGCAGAUAA